UCCAUGAGCCUCAUUGAGAUCGGGAACCCUUCCCAGAGCCUGGAGAAUGUCUGCCGCUGGGCCUACCUGCAGCAGAAGCCAGACACAGACCACGACGAGUACCACGAUCAUGCCAUUUUCCUCACUCGGCAGGACUUCAGGCAUGCAAGGGCUGGCAAGCUGCUGUGCGAAGGCCACUUCCAUCUCACCAGAAGUGACCUCAUGCGAAGGCAGCCACAGACCAGAGGUCAAGGGCAUGGCUUUUUGUCUGUUCUGCAGCAUUGCUUUAAGGGACACUGCAUCUGGCUGACACCUGACAUCCUCAAACGGGAUGGCAACUGGGGCGCCUGGACCCCAUUCGGCUCUUGCUCACGCACCUGCGGCACAGGUGUGAAGUUCAGGACCCGCCAGUGUGACAACCCACCCCCAGCCAAUGGUGGCCGCACCUGCUCAGGCCUUGCCUACGACUUCCAGCUCUGCAACCGUCAGGACUGCCCAGGCACCCUGGCCGACUUCCGCGAGGAACAGUGCCAACAGUGGGACCUGUACUUUGAGCAUGGUGAUGGCCAGCACCACUGGCUACCCCACGAGCACUGGGAUGCCAAGGAACGUUGUCACCUCUACUGCGAGUCCAAGGAGACCGGGGAGGUGGUGUCCAUGAAGCGCAUGGUGCACGACGGCACACGCUGCUCCUACAAGGACGCCUUCAGCCUUUGCGUGCGCGGGGACUGCAGGAAGGUGGGCUGUGAUGGGGUGAUCGGCUCCAGCAAGCAGGAGGACAAGUGUGGUGUGUGCGGAGGAGACAACACCUGGUGCAAGGUGGUUAAGGGCACGUUCACACGCUCCCCCAAGAGGCACGGCUACAUCAAGAUGUUUGAGAUCCCUGCGGGAGCCAGGCACCUGCUCAUCCAGGAGGCAGACGCCACCAGCCACCACCUGGGUGAGUCUCGGGUUCUAGACAGCUCAGCCUGUGGAGGAAGCAAAGUGUGGGGACCAGCUGAGUGGUGCAUCGCAGACCCAGGCAGCCCUGCUCACCUGCUGGCCCAGAAUUCCUGGAGCCUCUGCCUUCAAUGA